AAUGAAUUUAGUGUUAUAACAAGGAGAACCAGUUUAUAGUACAAAAUGGCGUUGACCAAAAAGAAAGACGGUUCGCCAAAUGUUAAAUUCUUCGAAACUGUUGAAACAAUCGCACAAUUUGACUCCGUGAGAACAUGGCUGAACAAAAACUACAAAAAGUACAUGCAAGCAGACCCUCCCACGAACAAGAACCUUGCAAGUCUGGUGUGUCAGCUGCUUCAGUUCAUGGAAGAUGCGUUCGGGAAACAUGUCAGCAACCCAGCGCUCACAAAGCUUCCUAUAAGAUGUUUCCUGGACUUUAAGCCUGGUGGUGCAUUAUGCCAUAUCUUGGCCGCUGUCUACAAAUUCAAGAGUGACCAGGGGUGGAGAAGGUUUGACUUUCAGUCCCCAUCAAGAAUGGACAGGAAUGUAGAAAUGUUCCUGCAGAUCGAGAAAACCCUUGUCCAGAACAAAUGUCUGAUCCUGCCCACCAUUUAUAUUAUGACUGAUAUGGACAAGGUUCUUCUACCAAAACUGAAAGACAUCAUCAAACGUCACCAGGGAAACAUAACAGAGGAUGACGAGGAGGCGACACACAUUGUCCACGUCCUUCCCACACACCCACCCACAGAAGAGGAGUUUAUUCGUCCUGUGAUGAAGCGUGACCGUAACGCAAUGAUUCAUUGGUGGUACACUCCAGACAGUUACGACGUGUGGGUUCCUGACGUCUCCCCAGACCUGGAGAUCGACAACCCUCAGCACAGCGGGGCCCUGGAGGUGACCGCGAAGUGGCUGCUGGACAUGGAGGAGUACAACGAGUGGAUGAAUGAGGAGGACUACCUCAUCGAGGAUGAGUAUGAAACAAGAAAAAACAAACGUCCAAAGAACAAAGUAACAGUGGAAGAGUUUAUAGCCAACCAGGAAAGUGACAAGAGGGAGAAGCGAGACAAAAAGAGCAAACGGAAAAGAUCCCCCUCCCCCACACCCGCCCCAUCCUCGGAGAAAAAGAAAAGAAAGAGCACGCGGACUCCAGGAGGACCUGGGAACUCUAAGAAGAGGCUAAACAAGGAGGACACUGAUGAUGAUCUGACCCGGGACAUGGAAGAUCCCCUCCCAGAGACCAACAUACAGGAGGUGCAACUCUCAAAGCAGUCAAGCAGUAACCGUAGUAACAAGGACAGUGAGAACCAGCCAAUCAAAGGAGGAACGAUCAUAGACAUGGAUGAGGAGGCCACCGACAAGCUGAUUGGUGAGGAUAGAGGGGAUGAGGAAGGAGCAGACGAUGACUCCAAGCGAGAGAAAGAGGAUGAGGACAACGUGACUGAGCAGACCCAUCACAUCAUCAUACCCAGCUACUCGGCCUGGUUCGACUACAAUGCCAUUCACUCCAUUGAGAGGCGGGCCCUGCCGGAAUUCUUCAAUGGAAAGAACAAGUCGAAAACGCCAGAGAUAUACCUGGCCUACAGGAACUUUAUGCUGGACACAUACAGACUAAACCCCACAGAGUACUUGACAAGCACCGCCUGCAGAAGAAACUUGGCCGGGGAUGUGUGUGCUAUAAUGAGAGUCCAUGCUUUCCUGGAGCAGUGGGGCCUGAUUAACUAUCAGGUGGAUGUGGACAACAGAGCCACCGCCAUGGGCCCCCCACCCACCUCUCACUUCCACAUCAUGGCUGACACACCCUCAGGACUUCAACCCGUCAAUCCACCAAAAGUCAACCAGCCCUCAGCAGCAAAACAGAUUGUUAGCUUUGAUGACAAAGACAAAGAGAGGGACACAAGCGAGGGCCGGGAGCUCUCUGACUUCAGUCUACGCAUGGAUAUAUACGCCAAGAAAGCACUAAAAGACAAGGGAGCAGCCACCCGUUCUCGGGAAUGGACCGACCAGGAGACCCUGCUUCUGCUGGAGGGACUGGAGAUGUACAAAGACGACUGGAACAAAGUCAGUGAACAUGUUGGCAGUCGAACCCAGGACGAGUGUAUCCUUCACUUCCUCCGCUUGCCCAUUGAGGACCCAUUCCUGGAGGAGAGUGACUUUGGCCAUGCAGGUCAGUCAGGACCCCUGGCGUACCAACCCAUCCCCUUCUCCCAGACAGGAAACCCCAUUAUGUCCACUGUGGCAUUCCUGGCCUCUGUCGUUGAUCCAAGAGUCGCCAGUGCAGCAGCUAAAUCAGCUCUGGAAGAGUUUUCAAAGAUGAAGGACGAGGUGCCCCCUGCCCUUACUGAUGCUCAUGUCAAAAUGGUGGAGGAUGCAAACAAAGAGGGCAAGUCUCUGGAGGCUGAGUUUGGUCUCGAGAAGAGUGGCAUUGCAGGAACUGUCCCCGAGAAAGAGGAAGGUAUGAAAGCUGAAGAGGCAGUGAAAGAAGAGGAGGAAAAGAAAGAAGAAGAAGAAAAGACAGAGGAAAAGAAGGAGGAGGACAAGGAAGAAAAGAAAGAGGAAGCCAUGGAAACAGAUGCCCAGGACAAUGAAGAAAAGAGAGAGGAGGAGAAACCAGAGAAAGAAAAUGAAGAAGAAAAGGCAGAGAGUAAGACAGAGUCUGAGACCAAAGAGGAAACAGAGGAGAAGAAACCAGAGGAAGAGAAGGAGACAGAGGAACAGAUCCAAGAGAAAGUCAGCAAGGCAGUGGCCAAGAUCCCCAUCAAGCCAGACGGCAAUGUGGCAACCGCUGCUGCAGCAGCAUUAGCAUCAGCUGCCGUGAAGGCCAAGCACUUAGCAGCUGUCGAGGAGAGGAAGAUAAAGAGUUUAGUGGCAUUGCUGGUUGAGACACAAAUGAAGAAACUGGAGAUUAAGUUACGUCACUUUGAAGAGCUUGAAGCCAUCAUGGACAGGGAAAGAGAUGCAUUGGAGUACCAAAGACAGCAACUUCUACAAGAGAGGCAGCAGUUCCACAUGGAGCAGAUAAAGGCUGCAGAACACCGAGCCAGACAAAUAGCCAUGCAGCAAAUGGUGACAGAGCAGAGACAGCAGAAUAUUGGGGCAGGGGACCAAGCCUCAGGACCUGGAGGCCCAGUAAUGACAGCUAACCCCAGUUUGGCAGCAGCUGUGGGACAGAGCUACCCCCUGUCUGGCUCCCCAAUGCCCCCUCAGGGACCCCAGGCCACCCAGGGCUCUCCUGCCCCUCCCCCACCAGCCUCACAGCCCCCGGCUGCCCAGCCGGUCACUGGCACAGCAGAGGGGGACCUCUCAGCACCAGCCUCAUCCAAUGAUGUCCAGGCCGAGCCUAUGAGUACUGACCCUCCCCAGACCACUGUCCACCCCCCACAGAACAUGAUGGGCACCAGUCCUGUCUCCUAACAUCACAGAAGUCAUCGCCAUCAUCUUCAACCAUCGGCCGCUUUUAUCUACAGAUUCACUGUACCUCAUUAUUGCAUAGUAAACUUGUAUAAAGGUGCUUAUCAUGCGAAGACUGUUGAACAGAUAGAGGAUACUGAUGUUGUGUUCCCGUGCUAACCGUGUAAUGACUGUCGUAGUGGUGAAGAUCUGUGUUCUUGUGCUGCCAUGUAUUCAUGGCCCCACUGUCAUCAACAUGAAUCUCCAACCAAUCAGUGAACUCUGUCAUAUUUCUUGUAGUAUGUUGUAAUAAAGUUUUUUGUCAAACAAUCAA